AUGCCGACGGAAAUUUAUUCGCACUCUCCUCCUUCCGGCUACCCUAAGCUUAGCUUUAACCGGACAUUGUUCCCCAUAAUCCCGAUGCCAGAGGGCGGAGUACCUCCGGCAGUUCUGCCGAUAGAACUGCAGCAUUUGGAGGAUACGGCCGCGUUUCGACAACGUUCCUCCCGCGUUAUCCAGGAAGUGUUAGCAAGCUCAUAUUCAGAUAUUGACCUCGGGUUGGUAGGAAAGACUCGCUCGGGUCGCCACGAUACUGUGACUCUACCGCCUAUUAUUGAUCGCAUUACACCAGUCCUUUACCAAGUAGUUUCAACAGGAUGGGGUUCUGGCGUUAUCCUGAGAAACUCCGUUCCGUUAAGCUGA